UGAGGGAGGUCCCAAGCGAUGAGAAACACAUUUGGGUCCAGAUAAAACUGAACCAGAGAUUUCCGAUGUUUGUGCUUAAGAGCUGUGGGCAAGGUGGGACUUGAAGGGCAGAUGGUUUUAGGACUUUUUUCUAGCUGGAGGAGACAAGGCCCUGAUGCAGCACUUCCUGCCUUCCAUCCCCUGCACCUGCCGUGUCAGCGUUGUCUAGAAGGCUUGUUGGAAAUAGGAACACCUGGGUUCUACCCACGCCCACGAAAUCAAAUCUAGAGGGUGAGGCUCAGGUAACUAUUUUCCUUAAGCAGCCCAAUGAUAACCAGGGGCUGGGGUUUGGGAACCAGAGUACCAGUUCCUCAUCCUCUUGGAGAAGGAGUGAAGUGUCUCCUGCAUGAGGGAAUUGGACUCCAGUCACUUCCUGGAGCACAUCAAACCCCACCUCCAGCCCCAGCAGGCCACCCAACCCUGAGUCCUCAGGAGAGUGGCCAGCUCCACCCUCCCCACCUCAACGUUUCCUGUCAGACCUGAGCUAGCAGUAGUGUAGCCGGAGGAGAGCCGGGUGGCUCUGGAAAGCAGACAGGGCUUCCAGCUGGGAACUGUGCUGUCUGGCCAUGCACCGGGUGCUUGGGCCAAGGUGGCCGGCAGGCAAGGGGCUGCCCCUCCUGGGGGCAGUGCUGCUGCACAAGAGAGAGAAGAGGGGACUUCAGUGGAGGCAAUUGUGGCGGGAAACCCACCCAUACUAUGACCUCCAGGUGAAGGUGCUGAGGGCCAGAAAUAUCCAGGGCACAGAUCUGCUGUCCAAAGCCGAUUGCUACGUGCAACUGUGCCUGCCCACUGCAUCCUCCAGACCAACCCGGACAAGGAUGGUGGCCAACUGCAGUGACCCCAAGUGGGAUGAGACCUUCCACUACCAGAUCCACGGUGCUGUGAAAAAUGUUCUGGAGCUCACCCUCUAUGAUAAGGAUGUCCUGGACAGUGACCAGCUCUCCCUGCUACUGUUUGACCUGAGGAGCCUCCAGCCUGGCCAACCCUACAGACAUACCUUCCUACUCAACCACCAGGAUUCCCAAGAGCUGCAGGUGGAAUUUUUUCUGGAGCACAGCCAGGUGCCUGCAUCUGAAGUCAUCACCAACGGGGUCCUGGUGGCUCACCCCUGUCUGAGAAUCCAGGGUACCCUCGGGGAAGAUGGCACAGCCCCACCUCGAGAGUAUGGCUCUAGGCAUAUUCGGCUGACAGUGCCUGGGGCCUACGAGAAGCCACAGCUCUUGCCCCUGCAACCCCGCAAAGAGGGAGGCCUCCCAGCCACCUUCACCUUUCACGUGAAUCCAGUGAUCAGCUCCAGGCUGGAUGUGGAGCUGGGGGAGAAGCUCACAGUCCUGCAGAGUGGCCCAAGUGCUGAACUGGAGACCCAGACCAGCAAGCUGGGCGAGGGGGGCAUCCUGCUCUCUUCUUUGGUCUUAGGCCAGGAGAAACAGCGUUUCGUGGCCCUGGGGGAGGACCAGGAGGUGGUUCUGAGUAUGAAGGCAGAAAUGAGCUCUGGAGACCUUGACCUGCGCCUUGGCUUUGGCUUGUGUGAAGGGGAACAGGAGUUUCUGGACAAGAGGAAGCAGAUCGUGUCUAAGGCCCUGCAGCAGGUGCUGGGAUUGAGCCAGGCUCCUGACAGUGGCCAGGUGCCUGUGGUGGCUGUGCUGGGUUCCGGAGGUGGAACCCGAGCCAUGUCUUCACUGUACGGCAGCCUGGCAGGGCUGCAGGAACUCGGCCUCCUGGACACUGUGACCUACCUGAGCGGGGUCUCUGGGUCUACCUGGUGCAUCUCCACCCUCUACCAGGACCCAGCCUGGUCCCAGGUGGCCUUGCAGGGCCCCAUUGAGCGUGCCCAGGCUCGGGUCUGCAGCAGUAAGAUGGGGGCAAUGUCCCCGGAGCGCCUGCAGUACUACACCCAGGAACUGGGGAGCCUGGAAGGCAGCGGCCACAGUGUUUCUCUCAUCGACCUCUGGGGUCUCCUCAUUGAAUAUUUCCUCUACCAGGAGGAAAACCCCGCCAGGCUGUCUGACCAGCAGGAGGCUGUCAGCCAGGGCCAGAACCCUUACCCGAUCUACGCCAGCAUCAAUGUCCGUACCAACAUCAGCGGGGAGGACUUUGCAGAGUGGUGCGAGUUCACCCCCCAUGAGGUCGGUUUCCCCAAGUAUGGGGCUUAUGUCCCAACUGAGCUCUUUGGCUCUGAGUUCUUCAUGGGGCAUCUGCUGCAGCCCCGGCCCGAGCCCCGGAUCUGCUACCUGCAGGGUAUGUGGGGAAGUGCCUUUGCAGCCAGCGUGGAUGAGAUCUUCCUGAAGACUGCUGGCUCGGGCCUCAGCUUCCUAGACGGGCACAGAGGGAAGGUAAACAUCACAGAUGACUGCCAGAAGCUCCAGCUGCAUGACCCCACACGUCUGCGAACCAGGCUCUUCACCCCCCAGGGCCCCUUCUCCCAGGCUGUGCUGGACAUAUUCACCUCCCGCUUUACCUCCGCAGAGAACUUUAAUUUCACCAGGGGCCUCUGCCUACACAAAGACUAUGUAGCUGGCCGGGAGUUCGUGGCCUGGAAAGCUACGCACCCUGACGCCUUCCCCAACCAGCUCACUCCCAUGCGGGACUGCCUGUGCCUGGUGGAUGGGGGCUUUGCCAUCAACUCUCCGUUCCCCCUGAACCUGCUGCCCCAGAGAGCGGUGGACCUCAUUCUGUCCUUUGACUACUCCCUGGAGGCCCCUUUUGAGGUCUUACAGAUGACAGAGAAGUACUGCCUGGACCGAGGCAUCCCCUUCCCAAGGAUUGAGGUGCUCCCUGAGGACUUGGAGGAGCCCCGUGAGUGCUACCUGUUCACCGAGGCCGAGGACCCCCGCUCACCCAUUGUGCUGCACUUCCCCCUUGUCAACCGUACCUUCCGCACACACCUGGCACCAGGUGUGGAGCGACAAACACCUGAGGAGAAGGCCCGUGGGGACUUUGCCGUCAACGGGUCAGACACGCCCUAUGGCAUGAUGAACUUCACCUAUGAACCUGAGGAGUUUGAGCGGCUGGUGGCUCUGAGUCGCUACAAUGUUCUGAACAACGCAGAGACCAUGAGGCAGGCCCUCCGGCUGGCUCUGGAGCAGCGGCAGGCUGGGGACAGGGCCGGAGGCUGACCAGGCUGGAGUGGGAAGACUGUGAGAGAGGGGAGUGACAUGGCUCCAGACCAGGGUUUGAGAGAGAGGAGUGAUAGAUGCUGAGGGGCUCCUGCCUCCCAUGUUACAGGGACAUGCUUUAGGCCCUCCAGGCCCCAGAAAGCUCCUGCAUAAUGGCAUCUUGGCUUUGGGACUGGGACCUUCUCGUAGGUGUUUCUGGGAAAUGAUGGGGCAGUAUGUCUCUCUGGGGCUCUUGGGGAUGGGGGCAGAGGUGAGCAAUGCUCAUUUUACAUUGGAGUGUAAAGGGGAUCAAGCAGCAACAGUCUAGCCCCAGGGCCUGUCCCAAACGCAGAAGGACCUUAGAGGGCCCAGGUCUUCAGACCUCACCAGACUGGGAGCUGUGAGAGCUGAGGCACAGGUUCCUCUCCUUAAGCUGAGACCAAAAGUAAAGAGUCCUCCAUCUAAUCCACACUUUUGCAAAUGGCCAGGCUCCUGGAUACAGUGCUCAGUGCGAUCGUGAAUAAAGGGGGACUUCCGGGGCUGCCAGUUCAUUCGCUAACUCCGUCCUUCAGCCUGCUGACUCUCCUUCGCCCCUGGCCUCCCCUGUCCCUCUCACUGCUUAGCCUCCCGAAAGCUGUGGGGAUGGUAGCCCCCCAUCCUGGUGGGGCUCCCGCCACUGGGUGUGCUCCUGUCUCCGUGUUAAUGACUAAUGCUUCACUCUUUAAACUCAGGCCGUGCUCUCUUCUCAUGUACACAGCCGCCACCUCCUGCAAAUAGGCGGCCGUUCCCAGAAGCUCCAUGGGUGUGUCCGGAGGGUGCGUUUGCUUAUCAGGGAGCAGAGGAAGUGUGUGCCUGCAAGUGUGUGCGUGUUCCUAGUGAGGGCGGGGCGGCGGAGCACCUGUCUUGGCCAGGGAUGGGCCGUGGCAGAGGGUGCCCGGCUGGGAACUCAGAGGCCUAGGUUCCUGCCUCUUUCACAGACACAUGCUGUGGUCUGGGCAAUCUGCCCCUCUCUCUCCCUGUCUUUCGUCUCUCCUGACCAAGGUGGGAUCCUCCGAAUAGCAGGAGCCUCUCCAGCAUGCACAGAUUGAAGUCUGUGGAGAGAGAUUCACUCUGACUAGGUGUGAUCUGGGGUCCCACAGGCUGUGGGCAUCUGCAGCCUCCUUCUUCCCACCCCCAUCCCCCACAGUGUGGAGCUGCCUGGGGCCCUUCAGUGGCCCGGAUGCCAUACUGUCUUGAACCCUUGCUUCUACUGCCCUCUCCUCCAGAGUGCCCUCUCAGGCUGCAGCCUUCCCCCUCCAUCCUCUCUAGGACCAAAGUCACGAUCGCUCUUUCAGUCAGGGACACCUAUUAGAGGAAGCCUGGUGAGGCUUCCUACUCUGGGAAGAAAACCCUGAUUCUGGCUCCCAGCUGGGAGGAAGGUAGAUCCCAGUCUGUGCUCCCAGCUUGGCCUGGCCUGGGACCCCCUGGCCUCCAGCUGGACAUGAGCAGGAGGGCUAAAGGAGCCAGGCCUCUGAAGGGCCAGUGCUUUUGGCUGGCAUGGGGAGGGGGGACAGUUUGGUUCCCUCCUGCUCCUCACCAUUGCUGCCCAUCAUAGACCACCACCCCUAUCUUGGCUCAGCAAUGAGAGGUUUCUUUGGGGUAGCCCCAGGCUGCCCCUGAGCUCCUGCUAUGGCCACUGUCAUCACCCCUGCUGUGAUGGCAUCAUCAGUAACUUAUUAAGACCCCCCCCAUAGAAUUCAUAACUUAGAGAACUUUGUAGAGUUCUUAGAUUUUCGUGGAGUUCAAAACUUGGAAUCUUUAGUCUGUCUGUCUUUAAUGCCUCAGAUAGCCACAGGCUGUCUCUGGCUCCCGGAGGGAUCUAAGGGAUAGGGAUCUAAGUCUAUUUCUACUGCAUUUCUGCCCCAUUUCCAACCCUGGCUCAGGAUGGCCGGAAACAUGUUUCAAGGUCUCGAGGGUUACCAGGUUGGAGGGAUUUGGCCGCAAGAACACACCUACAGGCUUGAUUCACUCUGAGGCUGGGCAGAAAUACAGGAGCAGGGACGUCUUCCUUAACUUGUCAGACCCCCUCAACAGGCAAAGGAAGAAAAGGGUGGCCACCAGGGCUGCCAUGUAUGGCUGCACAGGUUGUAUACUACACAGUUCCAGAGGGUGCCAUUCAUAUGAAGUGACUGUAUGAACUUGCCCUGUGGGGUUGUGCCACGCGGCAGCCCUGGGCCCACAGUCUUAGCCCAAGGCAUGUGAGAAAAGACACUAGUUGAAAUAUUAGGCCUCCUGGCUUCUUCAGAUAUAUUUAUGGGCAUUCACAAGAGUCUCCUGCAGAAAAAAGAAAGAGUUGCUGGACAGAUGUGGGGGUGGAGGGAGGAAAGGAAGAAAGGAAGGAAGGAAAGGAGAGACAGAGACAGAAGAAAGAGAAACAUUUUCUUCUUUCAUUGGCUGGCACGGCACCAGUGGGGAGGCCUCGUGUUGGCAGGCUGCUGGUUGGCAUAGGUCCCCCCCGACCUUCUCCGGAGCUCAGUCCCUGCAGCUAAUUGCCUCCCUGCUACUCCAUUCUUUUGCUCAGUUUACAUGAAAGCUCCCUCAUUUCAGAUGGAGUCAUUCUUGGAGAGGAGGAAAGGAGGAUUACCUGAAUUACUCUGCCUGCAUCCGUUUCCCCCCCAGUCCCCACUCUAUAGCUGUUGAAAAUCCAACAGGGCAGGGUGUCGAGGAUUCUUCCCUAUGCAGAAGAGAGAGGUCUACAUUGGGACUGUCCUGAGAGUCAGGAAGGCUAGUCACCAGAGUUCAGGGGCAGGAAUUAAUUUUUUUCCUAUUAGGACAAGUGAGGCACAGGAAAUAUUAAGCAAGUAAGAGCCCACACAUAUUAAAAAAAAAAAACUUUUACUUUAUGGGGCGCCUGGGUGGCUCAGUUGGUUGAGACUUUGACUCUUGGUUUUGGCUCAGGUCAUGAUCUUGGGG